CCUCUACUACCAUACCUCCAUUCCCUUGACGUCAUAAAUUUCUUCCUGUACCUUCUUCUUCGCAUUGCAUUCAACAACCCGCUCAGUCGUACCUACUCCGCAACUACAGAAGUCAUCACGCAAAAAUUGUGCAAUACAAGAGAACGAGUUACCGAAGUCUGUAAUUUCCAUUAGUCAUGCCUGUGUAAAUAGAUUUCUAAGCUGAACUCUUAUUUGUUCUCGGCAAUUUUUAUCACAAAAUAAUAAUUUAUUGUACAGUAAAAAUAAUUCUAUAAAUUAAUAAUUCUAUAAAAUAAUUCUAUAUAUAUCAGAGUACUUUUCCAUCAAAAAAAUGAAACUUUUGCGAAAUAACUUUCGAGCUUCCAAAUCGUAAGCAUUUUAUAAACUAAUUAUGAAGUCUAAGUAAAUUCGUUUAACAAUUAUUUGUAGCAACAAUAAUAUUACGAUGUCAAAAUAUCGAUUGCUAUUUAAAAUUUAAUUGCAAUAUAUUCAUUACAAUCUAAUUACAAUGAUGUCUGGUCAAAGAAAUUUACUUCGAUAACGCAACUUCUGAAAAAAAAAAAAUAAAAUAAAAAUGUUAGUUUGAAACAGUUGCGCGAGUUAAUAUAUAUGAAAUCAACUUCUCGAGAACAAGAUUUAAAUAAAAGAUAAGUAAAAUCAAAUGAGAUAAAAGUUACUUUUCUAAAUAGAAAUAACUAGAAAUAGCUAGCACGUGACCACAUAAAAUAUUUCUAUAAACGAGAUUGCUAUAAAGUAUUUAAACUUUAAAAGAACUUAUUAUAGCAGUUCAGGAGAUUGGCAACACUAUUUUGACACUAAAGUAACAAACGGAUUUUGUCAGGAUUUUAAAAAAAGUUCAGUUCGAUGAAAUAUUUUUGCGAUGAAGAAUAUUCUGAAGUGAUGAUGUUUGAUUUUGCGAGUAUCAAUCUUUUUACAUUAAAUUUGAAUUUGUAAACUGAGAAAUAGUUCGGAAGACUUUUCGCCAUUUUUUUUCGGAAGAAAUAUUUUGCAGUGAUGUGAUUAUAAUAUCCUUCUACGACAAAACACAUUAAAAAAGAGAGAGAGAGAGAGAUUCUGAAGAGUGAACAGAAUUGAAACUUAUUGGACAGUGCUUUAUUUCAUGCAUAAAGACUCAAUCAAGAAAACUACUUAAUGCGUUUCGACGACUGAGUUAAAAUUAAAAAUGCGAAGAAGCUAAAUUAAGCGAACAUUCAAAGACUGGAAGCAAGAGAGAAAAAGUUUGUCAGUGGUCCACUUGUUGAGACAUGUUAUACCUAUAACUUAACCAAACAAAAACAUUGCUGGACCACAACAUCGUAUCUCAGAAGAGUUUACUCCUGUAAUAAAAGAUCUCAAAGAGAGAAAGUAGUAUCUUUAAAAGAAAAAUAAUAAUAAUAAUAAAAUAAAAAAAGAGAAGAAAGUGCGGAGAAAGACAGGAAGAAGAACCUUAGAAGAAAGGGGAGGACCAUCUUCAUUUAACCGGAAGCAGACCCCCCUCAGACCUAACCCACGUGGCGCAACAACCCCGAACGUACCCCUCCUACACACCCCCUCUCCUUUUGGCAUCAUCGCAGGAGUUUUAAAAAGUCAAGUCACUGUCUUCCCUUCCGUCAAGUGGUACUGUUGCAUUUAUUAAAGGGUCUUAUGUUGUAUACGUUCCGAGCCCCAAGUGAAAUUUGAACAGAACUGUGGCAAAAAUUUUCAAGUAUCGUGCUGUGAGUCUAGAAUUGGUUCUGUGAUAUGAAAAGAUGCCUCGAGCGUUUUUGAUCACAAAUAAAAGAUACAAAUCUGCGGUGGAUUAUGAGGAAAAUCAACAAUCCAGAGAAACUAGUCCUGAGCGAGGGGUCUCCACUGCUGAGGGACCACAGUUCCGUACGCCAUGCGAUAGUGAAACGGAUUCCAUUGGUUUCGACCAUUCCUUAAAGCCGACGAGUCCUCACUCACCUGCUCACGAAUCCAGAUCCCUCCAGCAGAGUCCCUCAGAAGAGGGAGCUGUCAUGGGUCUUACGGUUUUCCGAGCGCAUGAUCCCGGAUCUCCAGCAGUCACAUCUUACAAUAACGUAGCAGUUAGUUCCCCAUCACAAUGUGCUAUGUUUCGUCCAUGCCCAUCUACUACUUCAGCCCUCGUAACAGUCAUCCGCCAGCUUAUGCAGCAACAGCCAGCAACUGUUCGACCAUCUCCAGAAAGCAGCCCCUGUUCUACUAGCCGGAAUUCCCCAGGAUACGUAAGCAAUCAACAGGACACUCAUAUUUGCAGUGAGUGCGGAAAGCGUUACAGCACAUCCAGCAACUUGGCUCGACACAGACAAACGCAUAGAAGUGUGACGGACAAAAAAGCCAGAAAGUGCCCGCACUGUGACAAAGUAUAUGUGUCAAUGCCUGCUUACAGUAUGCAUGUAAGGACACAUAGCCAAGGUUGUCAAUGCCCGUAUUGUGGCAAAUGUUUCAGUAGACCUUGGUUAUUGCAAGGGCACAUCCGAACUCAUACUGGAGAAAAACCUUUCACGUGCCCCGUGUGCCGCAAAGCUUUUGCUGACAAAUCGAACUUGAGAGCUCAUAUACAGACACACUCCAGUAGUAAACCAUACGUGUGCCAAAGAUGUGGUAAAGCUUUUGCCCUCAAAAGUUAUCUCUAUAAGCAUGAAGAAUCUUCAUGUAUGCGAGUACAUAGGCAACAACAACAAAUUCAAAGCCACGAAAGAGAAUCGACAACGGUUCUCGACUUGGCUUCUGCGAAAGAUAUUAGCAAUAAAAAGAAUACAUCAUCCAUCCUGCUUGAGCAUAACGGAGCCAUACUUGUUGGCUAGACAAUAAAAUUCAGGUUGUGGACAAUGAAUUUCUAAUUUUGCAAUAACUCACGCUAUAAAAAUACAUACUCUUAACAGCACUAUAAACACCUUAAUUUAUUUUAAUUAACUGUAAACUAAAAUAAAAAUCUAGCAACAUGAAGUAGCUUACAUUUUCCCCAACUGAUAGAAUUCUACACACAUUUGUUUUAUUUAUUUUGCAGUAGGGGAGAUAAAAUUUAAUAUGAAUAAACGUCUUGCAUGAUGAAGGAACCAUUUUCCCGCUAAAAUUAUAUUGUAACAAAUUCACCAAAUAUUUUUAACUCUUUCUGUGAACAUUUAUAAGAUUGUCUAAUUAUUGCUUUUAGAAUGUAACUGAGAGUUUUGUGGAAAAAAAAUAUAAAAAUGACUUGAUAAAUUUAUAGUAUUUGAUCUUCUCAGGUUGCAAGAUAUUAUAGAUUUAAAAUAUCUCCUUCAGAGCUUAAAGGUGAAAUGUGCAAUAUUUUUACCAUUAAAUGCCAAAGAGCAGAAGAUUCACACUCUUUUGCAAAUGUUGAUUUUGAGUAUAGUUUACAUCAUCAUUACCAAAGAUAUUUCUACUCAGAUAUUCAUUCAAAUUUUGCCUUUUUUAGCGUAUUUAAAUGUACCUUUAUCUUUAUUUUAUACGGCAUGUUUUAGUCUGACAGUAAUUUGUAUUGGUAGUUACCAUCUACAAACUACACAUGGUUAUUUUAUCAUUACUUUUAUACGGCAUGAUUGUGUUUACAUAUUUUACUGUAAAGCUUAAGAUAUAGGUAAAUAAUAAUAAUGAUUUCAAGAAUUCUUUCACAGAAGAAGAAGCUGAGUGUUUUGAAUGUAUAAAAAUGGAAAGAGUGAAUUUUUCCGCAAAGAUUAUGUAGCAUAAAUAAUCAAUAUGUUUCCCAGAUAGUUUGUUAACAUGUAAGGUGCAUAUCGUCGCCUAGAUGAUGAACCUUUUUAAAUAUUUUAUUCUUGUAUGAGUUUAUGCAGAUAAACGCAGUGUUAGUUACGAAACUUAUUUGAUCUCCGAUUCGGAAUAGGACCAAAGAAUUUUAUGCCUUGAUAGUCUUUGAUUUAACUCAAGGAUACUGAGUAUUUAAGAAUGUUUUGUGGCAAAAUUCGGUAAGCCAUUUUGCUAUUGUUUUAUUUAUUUUUUUAUAAGUUGUCUUUACAUGUUUCGUCAUUUACGGUGACAAAUAGAUGCUUUUAUUUAUAUGUGAGUUAGAUGCUUUUAUUUAUGAUUAACUUAAUUUACUUGCAUUGCAUAUUUAUUAUUUAUUAAAUGCGUAGUUUCUAAUUCAUUAGUGAUUUAGUUUUGCUCUCAUCUUUCUUUCGAAUCUAGUCAGAGACAGGAAGGAUUAACCCUUUAAUUUUAUGCCAGUGAUGUCACAGAUAGCAAAUAUGUAAUGCUGUUCAUAACAAUACGCCGUUUCUCAGAGCAUCACCCACUGGCUUUCGUAUGAAAAGAUUGAAAAAAAUUGCUGAAAGAAAUACCAAAGAAACUGUAAUUAUUAGAGUCAACUCUGUUACAGAGUUCAAGCUAAUAAUCAGUUUUCCCAACAGUAGAGUUUAAGUUCUUUAAGAGUUUCUCAACUAAAUUCAAGGCGAUUUACUUUAAUAUACUUAUAUUAAGCAAAGUGAAACACUUAGUUCCAUCUAUUUUGCAAAUUUAAUUUGUUGUUGUAAUUUUAUUUUCCUUUUAUUGCCAACGUAUUUUAUAUAUAAUUAAUUGUAUUUAUUUAAAAUUAUAUACAUGCAAGAUUAUUUUUUAAGUAUCCAGUUGACAGAGAUUUUUGUAAUCUCUGUUAUUUUUUGAAAGUGCAUUUUUUUAACAAAGCAUUUUUAUUACACAUGUGCAAGUCUUGCAUGUGGUUAAAAAAAUAUCUCUUAGUCAGCUUUAUCUAUUUUCCAAUGUUUUUCUUACAGAAUAUAUAGUUAGUUAAAAAAAUAUAAUAUAUAUUUAUAUAUAUUGGAAAUAAAAAUGUGUUUGUUGAAUUUUUAUGUGUUUGCAAUGUGUGCAAUUUUUAAAACUUUUGUACUCAAAGCGUUCUUUGUGGAUAGUGAUAAUCCAUAUAUUGCUUGUUUUUUAUACUAUUGUGUAACAAUUUUACUGGCUUAAUAAAUUAUUGAUUUUGAUUAUCUAA